AUGUACCACCUCAAGUACGCGACAACGAGCGAGUUGCUGAGACUGGAUGUUGUUGCCCUUGAGCGAGAAAAGCAGGAGAUCUCGAGGAAGAAGGAGGAGGAGAGGAGGCGGAGAGAGGAGGAGGAGAUGAGGAGGUUCAAGACCUCGUUCGCCUACAACAGAAAUCCCGUGGUUUGCUGGUACAACCGUCCGAUCUCCGAGUUCACAACCCUCGACGACUUUCACUACGCAACACGCGCGAUGAAUCAUGCGGCAGCGAGAGACGAGCGAGACAAGCCCAGGAGGUGA